AUGGACCUGACCCUCUCCCUUUUCUUCCUACCCAAUUUGCAGCUGUCAGGGACUUUGAUAUCGGAUGCAUCGGAAGCCGCCUUCCCCAGAGCGCAGCAGAGUUGUGAGGCUUGCCACAACCUCUUUGGGGAGUACUACUGCAAUAUCUGCCACCUUUUCGACCGUGACAAGAAGCAGUAUCACUGUGCCGAGUGUGGCAUUUGCAGGAUUGGUCCAAAGGAAGAUUUCUUCCACUGUUCAAAAUGUAAUUUAUGUCUAAGCUUGAGUCUUCGAGGAAAACACAAGUGCAUAGAAAAUGUCUCCAGGCAGGAUUGUUCAAUAUGUUUGGAGGAUAUUCAUACAUCUCGUGUUGGAGCUCAUGUUCUGCCAUGUGGUCACCUUCUUCACAGAACGUGUUAUGAGGACAUGUUAAAGGAAGGUUACAGGUGUCCUUUGUGCAUGCACUCGGCUGUAGAUAUGACCAGGUACUGGCGUGAGCUGGAUGACGAAGUCGCGCAGACGCCUAUGCCACCAGAGUACCAGAACAUGAUGGUGGAGAUCCUUUGUAACGAUUGCAAUGUCCGGUCUACAGUGCAGUUCCAUCUCCUAGGCAUGAAGUGCACAAACUGUGAAUCCUACAAUACUGCCCAAGAUGGAAAAUGCAGGCUAACUCUGGAGCAGCAGUGAGUAAGAUGCGUGUUGCGUACAGCUGGUCAAGGAAAAGGCUACUGUGGAAGAGACUUUUUU